AUGGACAAAACAUUUCAGCAGAUAUGGGACUAUAGAAGGAAAGAUGAUGAUGUUGAUUCUAUGAGCGAUGAUUCGAAGUCAAGUUCAGGCGACGAGGCGUCUGGAAGGAAGCAUAUGCUUGUUCAUGUUUUGAGUUCACCGGAGCAGGAUGAAGCAGCAACUGAUCAUCUUUCCCAAUCAUCUCAACAGAAUUACAGCAAGGUUCAUUUUACAAAUGGAGGUCCAUUUCGGGUCGCGAAAGGUAAAAAGCAAAUUCAACCUUCAGGAAAGAAAAGAAAUGGUGGUGGUGGUGGUCGUGGUGAUAAAAAGAAGAACCCGAAGCCAAAUCAUGGGGUUAAGAGGAAAAGGAAGGAGGUAAAUGAAUCCACUCCGGAUCAAGAUCUUGCAAUAUUCAGUGAUUUCAAGACCUUCACUGAUUCCCUUCUGGAGGAACUCAAAGUUGCGAGGAAGAAAAUGCUGGUGCAGAUGGGGAAACAGAUAGCGAAAUUGGCCUCCCCGAAAAAGCCAGUUUCGAAACCUAGGAAGAGGAAGAGUAAAGCCGUGCAGCAGCAAUCUGGAAGCAAACCAGGAGGAGGGAAAAAUCAAAGUUCCAAUAAGAAGGGAUUGAGUAAAGGAGAAACUCAAAGCAAUGGAAAGCGUAAAAUCGCUGCAGGCAAACAGAAAUCAGGAAGUGUAGCUGCAGUGAAGAAACCAUUAGAUGUUCCUAAUGCUUCUGAUCAGAUAGAUUCUUCUUUUUGUGGGAAUUCUAGGACUAAUGCUGCUAACAGUAGUACUGCUGCAGAGAUAGAUACUUCAUUGGCGGAUCGAAACGAGCAUUAUAACCAUUUGUUAGGGAUCCAGCCAGCAGAAAACUGGGGAAGUUUUGAUCAAAUCACUUCAUCAAAAGAGGUGGUGGUUUACAUGCAACAACAAAGCUCACAAACAACUUCAAGAACGCUUUCUGUUUUGCCGGUACCGUUUCAUCAUCAUCAAUGGUCUGGUAAUAAUGAUGGGUUCAACCACCUCAGUAGCCAAUCAGCUCAGGAGAAUUACAAAAGCACAGCAAAUGUGAGGAUGAAUGAUGAUGGAUCAGUUAUGGGAUUUGCUGGAAGAAGCCAUAUGUUCUGA